AUCUUCGCGGAAUUUUAUUUAUUUAUUUAUCACGCCUCCCCAACUCGCAGAUAGCAGCGUUUAGCUAAAAUUGGGAGCUUACAUUUCGUGGCUAUGGUGAGUGCUCAAGUUCAAAUGGGCUUGUUUAGCUUUGAAAGCAGUGGCAUUUACACUUCAGUUUGUAGCCCGAAACGGUUUCCUGUAAGUGGGUUCUUCAAUUGUCGGACACCAACUUGUGCGGCUGCUUUAUGGUCAAAGAAUCUAAGCAGGAAGAAACGGAGGUUUUCUCUAAGAGUGUUUAAUUCCGGUGGAGGGAUUCUGGAAAAAGAGUUCGAAUUCAAGCCAUCUUUUGGUGAGUAUUUGAAGACUUUGGAGUCUGUAAAGGAGAAGAAGAAAUCUUUUAAAUCAAAUAAAGACAAGUCAACCAGAGAUUUUGGGGAGAAAGAAAACAUGUCCGAAAUUGUUGAACAAGAUAAAGUAAACAUGAAGAAUGAAGGAGCUACUAGAACUAGAAGCAGGAAGGCAUUGCCUCUAAAAAGUGAAGCCUGUGAUGUGAAGGCGCUGAGAGAUGAGAACAAGAAUUUUGAAAACCCCAGUAAUAUUGUAGAUAACCCGCGGGUUUCACGAAUGCAGGUAGAAGAAAGAACAAAAGAAUCAGCCAAGUUACGCAAAUAUGAUGCAAAAUUAGAAAAUUAUGAAGAUAAUGCGAGUUUAAUGAAGUUUGGAGGGUUUCCUAAGGAAGUAAAGAUAUCCAAAGUCUUCAAAUACAAUGAAGUAAACGAGAAAAAUGAAGGAAUAAUAAGAACUAGAAGCAGGAAGGAAUUUCUCGAAGAAGGUGAGGAUGAUGAUUUGAAGAUUGAAAGAGUUGCUUUCAAGAACUUUGAAGAAUCCAACGACAUUGUUAAUAAACCACGAGUUUCAAAGAUCGAGAUGGAGGAGAGAGUUCAAAAAUUAGCAAAGUCGUUGAAUGGUGCAGACAUUGAUAUGCCUGAGUGGAUGUUUUCUAAGAUGAUGCGUAGUGCAAAAAUAAAAUUUACAGACUACUGUAUAUUAAGGGUGAUCCAGACAUUAGGUAAACUAGGGAAUUGGAGGCGGGUACUUCAAGUCAUUGAAUGGCUUGAAAUGCGAGAGCGCUUCAAAUCUCACAGGCUCAGACAUAUUUACACAACUGCACUGGAUGUACUUGGGAAAGCAAGACGACCUGUGGAAGCUCUUAACUUAUUUCAUUCAAUGCAGGAACAAAUGGCUUCAUAUCCUGACAUGGUUGCUUAUCGUUCCAUUGCCGUUACUCUUGGGCAAGCUGGGCAUAUGAGGGAACUUUUGGAUGUUAUUGAUAGCAUGCGAUCUCCGCCCAAGAAGAAAUUCAAGACAGGGCCACUUGGGAAGUGGGACCCAAGACUAGAGCCGGAUAUUGUGGUUUACAACGCUGUUCUGAAUGCUUGUGCCAGGAGGAAACAGUGGGAGGGGGCAUUUUGGGUUUUGCAGCAGUUAAAGCUACGGCAUCUACAGCCUUCCACAACUACAUAUGGACUUGUAAUGGAGGUGAUGUUUGAAUGCGGCAAAUACAACUUGGUCCAUGAAUUUUUCAGGAAAAUUAAUAAAUCUUCUAUGCCAAAUGCUUUGACAUAUAGAGUUCUUGUAAAUACCCUUUGGAAGGAAGGUAGGAUAGAUGAGGUUGUAUUGGUUGUUCAAAGUAUGGAAAGACGAGGAAUCGUAGGAUCUGCGGCUCUUUAUUACGACCUUGCUCGUUGUCUUUGUAGUGCCGGGAGGUGCCAGGAAGCACUGAUGCAGAUUGAGAAAAUAUGCAAAGUAGCUAGCAAACCUCUGGUGGUAACUUAUACUGGUUUAAUUCAAGCAUGUCUAGAUGGUGGAAACGUUGAAAAUGGGGCAUACAUCUUCAACCAAAUGCAGAAAUAUUGCUCUCCAAAUCUUGUUACGUGUAAUAUCAUGCUAAAAGCUUAUCUGGAUAACGGAUUGUUUGAUGAAGCGAAAGAUCUGUUCCAGAAGAUGUCAAAAGCUGCAAAUGAAAUGAGCAGCAAAUGUGAUGAUCUGAAUGGAGUUGUAGCUGAUAGUUAUACAUUCAGUAUCAUGUUAGAUGGAUGCGUUCAACAGAAGAGGUGGGAUGAGUUUGAGCAUGUGUAUGGAAGGAUGUUGCGGCAUGGAUUUCAUUUCAAUCCAAAACGUCAUCUGCGUAUGAUCCUCCAAGCUGCCAGAGCCGGAAAGGGGGAGCUAUUGGAAACAACAUGGGAACAGAUGGCGAGGGUCGAUAAGACGCCUCCUCUGCCUCUGAUAGAAGAAAGGUUUUGCAUGAAGCUGGAGAAAAAUGACUGUGCUUCUGCUGUUUCAUGUAUUACCGCCUAUACUGCGAGCCAGUUACAGGCAUUGUCCAAGUCGGCGUGGUUGAAGUUAUACAAAGACAAUGCCUCUCGUUUCCAACAGGGGACGAUUAUCGGAUUAGUUGAACAUGUGGAGAUGAUCCUUGGCACAAAUGAGUCACCAAACCCGGUUCUUCACUAUCUUUUAGCUGCUUCUAAACAAAUUUUGAGGACUCCACUUAUAUGAUUAUGUUAACUUAUGACAUCAACCGGUCAACCAAUCAAUGCUACCACAAACCAUUU